AUGGCGGACCUUCGCAGCUCUGCCACUAGCAUCCUUAGUGUUGGCACUGCCAGGUCUUCUCUUACGUCCAUCCGAUCUAGUAGUCUUCAGCACAAGGUUGACGUGGCUCAGAUUCCUCAAGUGUAUAAGGUGCCCUUGUGGGAUUUGAAUUGUCAAUUUGACAUUGUCACCAAGAAACAUGGCCAGCCAGUCCUCCUGAAGGAUGCCAUCAAGCAUGAACGGCGUAGUCAGCAAGCAGAUGAAACAGGAGUCGAUGAUGUGGGAUUGCUGGAUUUCUACAAGGAUUACUUUCACUCUUAUCCAAUCUACCAGGAUGAAAAAUGGCAGCUCUACAAGGCAAUGGGAGGGAGAAAGUUUGGAAUUCUCACCAUUCUCAAGGGAAUCCUAGGUGCCAGAAGAAGACUCAAUGAGAAAAAUAUUGUAUCCAGCAAGGAGAACCACAAAUCGGAAGGAUGGUUGGCAGGUGGAGUCCUAGUCUUUGACAAGAAGGGCCAACUCAUAUAUGUUCUAGAGGAACACGUGGGAAAACCAUUUGAUAUGGAAAUACUUAACUUGGCCAUUGCAGAAGCAAGGCAAUCCAAUCAAUUGGACAAGCAAGCGAAGCACCAGGAAGAAUACUCAGAAUCCAUGCAGAUUCAAGAGGAUGCUCAGACAGUCAGAUCUUCCAUGGUUAGUAAUCCUGGCAGUGCCUUCGAUGAAUAA